AUGGCUGGACGGUCACAGCGACGUCUCCUCUCUCUAACUGCGCUCACCCGUCCUCGUCCGUCCGGAUCACAUACCCACGCAACGGUAAUAGCUGGCCGUCAAUAUACCAUUCCAGCGAACCAUGGAACCACGACACCGAAUGAGCGAAAUAAGAACGUAGCAUCACCAAAGAAGCCUACCCAUACGACUCGUAAACAGACACCUGUCUCCCACAUUCCUUCUCCAACUACAUUUGAGUAUCCCCAGGCCCGUCAUGAGGUUCAUGAGGGAACCGCAGCCAUCAGCAUGCCUUUCAACCCUCCCGGAGGCGGGCCCUCUGGUCCAGGGACUUCAGGAGGAGGCUUCUCGUUUACCAAUUCUCCUGUCUUGGACGCAAUCCUGACCACCGCGAUAGGGCUUGGUGCUGGUGGCAUUGCUUAUGUGAAGUGGUACAAAAAGAACGUCCUUGACAAGAUAGAAGACGCUUUUGCUGCUGGCUAUGACCCUGCUCUUGAGCUUGCAAAAGCACAUGUUGUCAAAAGAGCACCACCAGAUGAAGACGCAACAGAUCCUAUAUUUACGGAGGUUGAACCAUGGACACAUAGCUUGCGGCGGAAAGAACAAGAUAUGAUAGACCCCAUUAUACACGGAGAAGAGGCUGGUCACUAUUUUAUGCUUCUUGGUCCCAAGGGCUCAGGGAAAGGGACGAUGAUAUUCGAGUCCAUGGCCAAGUGCAAUGCUGAGGGAGUGUCCAUGUGCGAUGCGCACCCAGAUCUAGAAGUCUUCCGAUUGCGACUUGGCAAAGCAUUGAACUUUGAGUACAAUGAAGACACACAGACAGGCCUAUUCCAACGGAGAGAUCCUAGGGAAGGCGGACCUGCUUUAGAUAUCGAACGAGCCAUGAACAAAUUGGAAAAGGUCGCACUGCGCUGUGCUCCUGUUCGCAAUAAACCUUUGGUCCUGGUAAUCAACAAUGUUCAUUUCUUCCAAAACGACGAAGAGGGUAGAAAUAUGCUGCUCCAACUCCAACAAAAAGCAGAGGCAUGGGCGGCCAGUGGUGUAUUAACAAUGGUAUUCAGCUCAGAUGAUUUCUGGCCAUUCCAUGUUAUGCGUAGAAAUGGGAGCCGUAUGCAUGCAAGUUUCUUGUUAUCUGAUCGCGAUCUAAAUAGCGAGGAGGCUUUGCAUGCCGCCGCUCGGAUUCGACACGACACAGGCCGCCUGACUAGUAUCGAAAACCCCGAACUCCAGAAGGCCGUCUCUUUAGUUGGCGGUCGACUAUCUUACCUGAACAAGGUAUCCAAAGCGAAGGAUAUGGUUGGCAUGGCCAAACAUUUGCUCGAGGUCGAAAAAGCAUGGUUGCAAAGUCAAAUCGGACUUAUCCCUGACUGCGACGACGACGUUAUGGACGAGCAAAAAUGGAGUUCAUGUUCAUGGCUGCUACUACACGAAUUUGUAAAGUUACGUGAGGAACAAAUCGCUGCCCGAGAAGAAGCCGGUGAAAGUACAGACAACCUGCCUUUGCCUUCAAUACCUUACUGGAGAUGUCGUCAAAUCAUGACACGCGCCGAUUUCAUGGAAGAACUCGAUCGCUUGAAUAUCAUCUCAAUAGACAUUCAGCAUGAUGUCCGACCAGACUCAAACCUGAUCCUUCAUGCUGCGCAAGAAGUUACCCAAGAAGAAGGAUUCGACGAUCUUCUCAACAAUGUCCGCGACCGUAUCGACGAGAUUGAAAGUCUUCACAGAACUCGCGAGCUUACUUUCAAAGACCUCGGAAAAGGCGACAUGGUCAGACUAGCCGUCGAUAAGCGCGGAGAGGAACUACUAGCCACUAUCAACGACGACGACGAUUGA